AUGGCAGAUACUUCGGUGUACGAGAGUACACGUAUGACUCAUGAAGAAAUUGAACAAUACGAAAAUGCUUUGGUUGAUACUUUGAAUAAUCCGCCAAAAGCGUCAUCGCAUCGGCUCCAAAUGCAAUGGCAACUUGCUGCCUCGCAGCUUUUGGAUGAAAUCGUGAACAGGUACCAAACAUUAAGUGAAUUGUACAAUGACGCGAAUGAAGAAAGAUCCAAUGAAUGGGAAAAUCUAGCGAGUCAAAUGGGUUCGGACGAUGAGAAUGGUGCCAUGUCGGAAUUUUACAAGCGCCUCGGAAAUCUCCAAGACUACUACCGAAAAUACCCUGAACGCGCCAUUGCUCUAGAAACAAGUGCCACGCCCUCAAUUCUUGGGACACAUGAUACAUCCUUAUUUGACUUUUCUUUGAUGGAGCGUGAUUUUAGUGGUGAGGAGAUGGGUGGCCGUUUCCUCGACUUGUAUGUUCAGUAUGAAAUGUAUCUUAAUCUAAAAGAUGUAUCUCCUAUGAGCUAUCUCGAAUAUAUCACUCGCCUUGAUUGUAUGGUGGGUGAUUCUUCGACUGUACCGGUCGCAACCAAGCGCAGUGAAGCUUACAGGACAUACCUCACGAAUUUGAGCCAAUACCUGUCAUCCUUCUUGCACAAGACUCGGCCACUCGAGGAUGUGGAUGCUAUUGAAGAAGCAUGUUUGGCUAAAUUUGACUCCGAUUGGGAAAGUGGCAGUGUCAUCGGCUGGGAAUCCAAAGAAACCACGCUUUAUGGCCCCCAUACUACCAAGACCGAGCAGGGCGAAGGAAUAUGGUGUGACGCAUGUCAGAGAAGCUACGCAAAGCAGACGGUAUAUGAUGCGCACCUCACUUCAGCAAGACAUAUGAAAGCAAUGCAUCGCAUAGAGAAAGGUGAGCCAACACUGCAAUCUCAGCAAACGAGAGAAAAAAAUGCUGCUGAAUUGGGGCAGAAGAAACGCUCGCUCCGCGCAAAACUCAUUGCACGCGAUGAAGUGCUCAUUCAAGCACUUGCGAAAGAGCUUUCUUCUGUGCGGGAUGAAACGCGCUCUAAUGUGGAACGGAAAGCAUCUCUAACAGAACGCGAGCGAGAGGAGGAAGCCGAGGCGCUGGAUGCUGAAAUGGAUGAGGCAGUCGAGACUGGGGGUUUGGGAUACGAAGAUGUUCCAGAAGAUGGUGAGGGCGGCGCUCCAGGAGAGAAGAUGUAUAACCCGCUAAAACUCCCCGUUGGGUGGGAUGGAAAACCCAUUCCGUUUUGGAUGUACAAGCUGCAUGGUCUUCGUGUCGAGUACAAAUGCGAAAUAUGUUCAGAUUUUGUUUACAAAGGACGAAAGGUGUUUGAGAAGCAUUUCCAAGAAUCACGCCAUGCAUUUGGUAUGCGUGCAUUAGGUCUACCAAACACGCCUCAAUUCCGUGACGUGACAAGAAUCCAGGAUGCGUACGCUCUAGCUGAUAAACUACGGCGACAGAAACGGUUACAGAACGUUGAAGAAGACGACACGGUCGAGGUUGAGGAUGACCAGGGCAAUGUAAGUUAUAUACAGACAGCUCACGCCAGGCAUAUACCCGAAAAACAUACGAUUUGCUCAGGCGCCAAGGCCUGCUUUGAUGGCAUGGGCAUGACAGGACUGAUAGUUGAUAGGUCUUUCACGCGCAGUGGAUGUGUCAGCAUGACGUAUAACAUAUUUCAAUUUUCUCCAUGA